UUCAUCAUAAAUGAAGUACACAAAAAAGUGGAAUAUUGUUUUGAUAUGUUAGGUGCACUUCUCACAAAAGUCAUGCUGUUACUCCGCAUUGUCACACGAAGUAUAUUUAACAAUCGAAUUGUAUCCUAUUCAACUUCAAUUUUUCAACAAAAUCUAUUAAAAUUCCGUAAAAUGGCCCCGAAACAUCGAGAAAAUCCAAUCAUAAAGAAACUAGACUCUUCAGAAUUCAAAUCAAUCUUCACUGAUGAACUUCUUAAACUCUCUACAAUAUUUGACAAGUAUGGAUAUGAAAUUCGCAUCGCCGGAGGGGCUGUGCGUGAUUUACUGAGUGGGAAAACACCAAAAGACUUAGAUUUUGCUACAACAGCAACACCAGAUCAAAUGAAAACCAUGUUCACUGAAGAGAACAUCAGAAUGAUCAAUGCGAAAGGUGAAAAACAUGGUACAAUCACUCCAAGGAUCAAUGACAAGGAGAAUUUUGAAGUUACAACUCUCAGGAUUGAUGUGCUCACUGAUGGUAGACAUGCUGAAGUACAAUAUACAACUGACUGGUUACUAGAUGCAAAUAGACGUGAUUUAACUAUUAAUUCAAUGUUCUUAGAUUUAAAUGGGAAUAUCUAUGAUUAUUUUUAUGGAUAUGACGAUCUACAAAAACGAAGAGUUGCAUUCGUCGGUAAUCCUGUAACACGUAUCCAGGAGGAUUUCCUGCGUAUUUUACGUUAUUUCCGUUUCUAUGGACGUAUUGCAUCCACACCGGAUGAUCACGAUGAAGUUACAAUCACAGCCAUUAAAGAAAACGCCUCAGGUUUGGCACAAAUCAGCGGUGAACGUAUUUGGACAGAAUUAAAAAAGAUUCUUGAGGGAAACUUUUCUGGAGAGUUACUGAAGAAGAUCCUGGAGUGCAAUUGUGCUCCACACAUAGGUCUACCAGAAAAUUACAACUUGAAAGAAUUAGAUAAAAUUCUCAUGAAUUUAAAAACGAAUGAUUUACAACUAAACGCGAUCACUCUCCUCACAAGUUUGAUUAACACUGAAGAAGAAGCUAUGCAGCUACAUGCAAGAAUUAAAUUCUCUGCAUACGAGAGGGAUUUGAUGCUGUUUAUUGUACAGCAUCGUGAGCCUAAAUUAGAUCCCAGACCUUUGCAACCGUAUAAAAUUUUAGUUUUAAAGGCGAAAAAUAAGAAUACAAGAGAAUACGUUGUUGAAUUGUUGAAGUAUUUAAAUUCUGAACAUAUUGAAGAGUUUAACUCUUGGGUUUUACCCAAAUUUCCGUUGAACGGAACUAUUUUGAAAGAAAAUGGCGUGGAGGCUGGUAAUUUUAUGGGGGCGGUGAUGCAAGCAAUGAAGAACUACUGGACUGAUAAUGAUUUCAAUCUGUCUGAAGAGGAAUUGUUAAAGAAACUACCGAGUGUUGUAGCUGAGCUUAAAGAAAAGUCAGCAGCAAAACGUAAAAUUAGUAAAUAAAUAAAUAAAAUGAAAUAAAA